AUGGCACAACGUCCACGUUCGGUGCCUGGCGGCGGCGACUUUCAAGCAGCACCGACGCCCUCGCCCAUCGGAGGACGCAGUUUCAUAGACCAUGCCAAGCUUCGCAUCCUUCUGGCGCCAGUCGGUGGCAUCUCAGAAGCAGACUUUGCCAAAUGGUGCGACUAUGUACGGACCUUUGAAACCAUCCGACUCGUCGACCUCCCUUCCAAUUGCUCUGCUAGACGGCGAGCUGCCGCAGCAUCAUCUGCCAACGGUAGCAGCAGCUCCUCUUCCUCUUCUCUCAUGCUGCAGACGGGCGAGAUCCACCUGUCUUUCGUCACAAGCUAUGAUCCAGAUCACUCGUUCUUGGCACCCUUCAACAUGCACAGACAGGUGCUCGGCGCACUCGGUCUCGCAACAUACUCGAACAGUGCGGUCAACAAGCACGAGCUUGAGGCGAGUCCAGCAGGGCUUAGAGAACUUCACCCUGGAGCGCUGGUGCACCGGGUGUUUGGAUUUGACUCUGGCGCCAGAAGGCCAGAGACCGUGGAUCUCAGUUCGAUAAAGGACGUCGUUGCAGCGAAAAUCAAUCAAGCAGAGCAAACAAGGUCACCAUUGGGCGCAGGAUUGGCGACAGAGAUAUCAGGGACGGGCACGAGCGGCUCAACGUCAGACUCGGUCACGCCAAAUCCGCCGAUGUCACCGGACGCGUCCGGGUUCGCUGCACAUCGCGACGGAGGCUUGAUCAUCUUCCCUGCAGUACGGAAGGACGGCAAAGAUGUACGUUUCUACCUCAAGACGCUACUCGCUGAGCUCGUGGCCAACAUCCUGGACGGCUUGGAUCACAUUGUCACAGGGCUGGAGGGAACUCCGCUAGAAACGCCGAGAGAAACGCUCGAUGGAAUCGCCCCGAACAAGCAACCUUCCUCGGCGUCGAGUUCGAACGCUUCUACGGCAUCUUGGCUCACCAAAACGAGCACCGCAGCCACCGGAGCUGCGAGUCGAGCUUCGAGCCUGUUCACUGCCUUUGGCAGCAGCGCUGGUGGUGACAUCAGCACCGCUGGAUCCACGCCGACUUCAUCCAGACCAUCCAGCGCUGUUGGAGGGGGAUCACAUCCAUUCGAAUUGAGCUCGCCGACCUCCGCCGCCUCAUCUCCUACUGGGGAGAACUCUACUCGGAGCAAAAUCCUCGCGGCGAACGCGAAUAAAAGAAGUGCAAAGCGCGUCACGAGCGCAUCAGGGACCGGACCAACGGGGUCAGGCAGGUACGCCAAAGUCAAAGCCGAUCUCCAUCUUUUGUCCGGAAACCUGUGGGAUGCGCUCGAAGGAUAUUCGAGCGCAUUGACUGCGUUGGGAAAGGAACGUGCGCUAGCAGGAGGUCAAGACGCAGUUUGGUUCGCCAGCGCGCUCGAAGGCUUUUCCGUCGCGAGAGUACUGGUCUCCCGAAUGGGCGGUGUCGUGCUCGAGAAAGCGCCUUGCUUCGACCUUCCUUGGACAUCUGCCUCUGCAAAAGAGAAGGACAAGGACAAGGACGGUAUUGCUCGCCCGUACGCUGAGCAGAGCUGGGGGGAGAUUGCCGAAGCGUACACAAUCGCUGUCGUCAUCUACUCGAAGUGCCUCGCGCCGCCUAGUGUUCUGCUCGAGCCGGUGCGAUCGGUGACGAACGACUCGCCGAGAGACUACACGCACCCGUUGAUCCAUGCUAGCGCCUGCACACAGUAUGCACGCUUCCUGCUCGCCGUCUGGGCCUCGGGUGGUUGGAACGGAGAAUGCUUCGACCAGCUGGUAUAUGGAGGUGUACCGCCAUCCUUGGCUGAGGAGAAACCAACAAAUGCCAUGUAUCUCGGCAUGACGGCAACAUCUGGCGUCGCAAGGCACGACAUUGCAGCGGCGGCCUCUUCAGCGCUUUCGCAUUCGAUCAUCGCCCUCAAGCCGACGGACCAGAUCACGCUCCUCAGUACACUCACUUCGAUCUUUGGAUGCAUCGGCUUCUCCCGACGCGAAGCGCAUCUACUGCGCCAUUUGCAAUCGACGAUAGUGGGUCUGUUCGUGAAAGCGAAGAAGGUCAAUGCGAGAGCACCGUCGACAGCCUCGCUACCGAUCCUGCAGCAUCAACAGUUUGGCAAGCAAGACGACGAGGUGCUGGGGAAUAUUGUGGCCCAGACCACGUACGAGUCGCUAGGACCUGGACCGGAAGCGGUGCUCGUAUUGUCGAUGCAGAUCUGCGAGACGUAUGGUAUCCAUGUAGAGGUGGAUCCUUUGCGGAAUGUUCCCUCGUACCAUAUACUGUCGAAAGCAUCGGAAGGACUGCGGAGCGCCUAUGCCUCACCCGCUCUUGGAGGGUCCGAAGAGUGGAGGUCGACUCAGCGACCGACACCUCCCGUUCCUGCAGCAAGUGGCGAUGUUGCCCUACUCACGCCGCUCGAGAUGGCCAACGAAGCGCCAUUCGGGUGGAAAGAGCAGCAGAUCGCACUGCUCAAGGAGACCAUCUCCAUCGCCGAGCUCCUCUCCGAUUAUGUUGGGAUGGCCUUCUUCGGCGCCAUCCUUUUACGCGACUUCCACCCGCUGCUCGAUGCGCAGGAACAGAAGGACCUUAUGAUUGGCACUCAGCGCGCUGUGCAGGCUGCUCGUUGGGCUGGCGCGCAAGACCUCGCAGUCAAAUACUGGGGUCCCGCAGAACCACUCUGCAGCCUCGAGAUUCUGCCGCUCGCGCUCGAACUCAUGCCAUACGAAAGGGACGCAAAGCAACUCAGGACCGAAGCAGGCGCUGCACUUGCCGAUCAGGGCGUUGCUGGGCUGAACAAUCCUUUCUUCUGGAACCCAAGCAGCUCAGCUCCGGGCAAAGCCAAAGCAAUGGCUGUGCAGGGCGAGCAGAUUCACGUCAUGGCGACUCUGCAAAAUCCGUUCGCGGUCGAAUUGCAUAUCGACACUGCAAAGCUGGUCGGCGAAGGAGCAGGGUUCAUCGCCGAAGAUGCUGAGCGUAUCACCAUCCCGCCGUGCUCCUUUCAAACCGUGCGGCUGUCAUGUAUCGCUCAAAGUACGGGCAAAGUGACCAUCAAAGGCGUCACCCUCAUGCUUGCCGGCGGGUGCACGGAAGAACAGACUUUCCUGCUGCCCAUCUUUGAUGACGAAAACUCCAAACAGCGACGCAAACAGGCCGCUGAGCAAGACGAUCGCACCACAAGACUCAAGGUCUCCGGCUUGGACGCGAGGAGCUCUGUCAUCAAGCAGAAGGCAGGUGUUUCAAGCGAUGCUGCCAAGCCAGGUGUGGGGAAAUGGCUGGAAGUGACUGUUGUCGCAGCUCAGCCCAGCGUGGCAGCCUACUGCAACGACCUUUUCCCGUUGGGCGGGCUGGACAUGUUCGAGGGCGAAUCACGCACGAUACAUCUCGAGCUGCACAAUCUUUCCACCUCGCUCGAAGUGAAUUUCGUCAGCAUCGGGUCCACGGACAAUGUCAGCGAAGCAGCGAAAGCAGCGUUGAGCGAAGGGGAGCUGUUGCCGCAAGACAUUCACGAGACCGAGUGGGACCUGGUGCAUCGACCGGUGCUAUCGUGGGAGGGCAGCUCAGCAGCGGUGUGGAUCGAACCGGGGGCGAGUACGACUGUUCCGAUUCAGGUGCGUGGGAAGAUCGGAUGCACGACUGCCACGGUGAACGUCGAAUACGGACACGUGGACAGGCUUGGCGCAGGUGCAAAGUUCUGGGUGAGGCGAUUGGAGGUGGGGAUGCGGAUGACGGUGCACCCUGCGGUGGUGUGUAGUGGAUUGAGCGUGGCUCCUCUCAAGGCUGGGGAGGCAGCACGUUUGACCAAGGAGUGUCUUGUGUCAUCCGAUUCGAUCCCGUCUUCGCUGCGAUCGCUCGUCGACGGAUCGAGCAUCAAGAUGAAGAGAGAAGACUCGGCAGACGAGUUCGUCGAUGCCAUCGAAUCCGAGCCACAGGCGGAACACGACGACUCCGAGUACUGCUUGCUCAGUCUCGACGUGUCGAACGUGCAUCGCGAAGAUGUCUUGCUUCGAUUCGCUUUGAACACGGGUGGCGUCGUUCCGCUCCAUCUGUAUCGUGUUUUGCGUGCAGGGAGCAGCACGCGAAUUGUGCUUCCACAACCGCGGCUCGAGUUGGACCCGAGGACUGGGCAGCUGGUUGGGACAACCUCGGUACAUGGCAAUGACGCCGAAGCCGAGAGGGAGGAGGCAGGGACGUUCCCGCCCGUCCCAUCGAUCUGGAAGGAGAACGCGAACCGCCAGUUCAUCGUUUCCAAGGUGAAGUUGGGCGAAGAGGAGGAGAGACAAGUGCGGAAGAACUUCUGGUAUCGACAGGCAUUACUGAGUCGGUUGAGUGGUCGCUGGACAACCUUGUCCUCCGUCCACGACUGCAGCUUUUCUCAUCUCGACAGCGUUGGCUUCCAUGCAGGAUUUGCAGGACACAACGCUGUGCAAGGCGGAAACAUUCCCCUGCGCGGCCUCGUCUCCAACGGAGGCGUUCUGCUCGACGACGCUUCCCUCACACAUCUCCAGAAAGACCCCGUCAAACUUCACCUCGCCUUCCCACCGUCUCCUCGAGCAGAAUCCUUCAUCCCCAUCACGCUGACGCUCACCAACCGGCUCGCCAGAACGAUCAGACCGCUCAUCCGUCUCGUUACCACCUCUCCAACCAUUCAAGACGCAGCGCUGUUGGACAACGUCAUCAUCUCGGAUGGUACUUGGACGGCCGCCCGUGCGCCCGAAAUGCGGGGAAGGGGAGCACAGAUCAGCUCCCAGUGGGACGUGACGUUCUUGUCACCGGGACAGCACGCAUUUCUGGUGGUGGUGGAGGAGGCUUCGGCUCCAGUGAAGGGCGACAGGUUGGCGUUUGUUUCUCCGCCACACUGCGUGGACGUGCUGCCUGCGGUGUAG